AUGAAUGAAAGUGACACGUCGUCAUCAACAAGUGAAGAGCGAAAAUUUAGUCUGUUCCGGGCUAAAUUCAUUAUUCUGAUUUUCCUGCAAAUACCAGCUAUUCUAAUCACUGUAGUUAUCUUCAUAUUCUUUAUUAUACGUCGUACUACAUUAGAGAAACUUCAAAAUCAAUCUACUCUAAUUUUACUUCUUGCAAAUUUCAUCAGACUGUUAACCACAAUGUCGAUGCCUAUUGACUUUUACCGUCGUGGAUAUGUUUCUCCAUCAACAUCUAUUUACUGUACACUGUGGACAUUCGGUGAAUAUUCGCUAGCUGUAAUAGGCGAAUAUCUCAUGGCUAGUAUUUCUAUCCAAAGACAUGCAUUUAUCUUUCAUCCAAACCUAUUUCGAACAUCUCUCAAAUCCUUUCUCUUCUUCUAUGUUCCUCUGGUGUUUAGUAUAGCAUAUCCGGCUGCAUUCUACCUCUAUGCUAUCAUUCUGUACCCCUGUCACAGUCAAUGGGACUAUACAUCGACUGUUUGCGGUUAUAUGAACUGUUAUUAUGACAACAAAAUACUUGGUCUAUUUGAUUGGGUGAUGAAUAAUAUUGUACCGAUUGUAUUCAUUAUCAUUGCCAAUGUUACACUUAUCGUGAGAGUUGUUGUUGGAAAACGUCGUCGAAAUCAAGUUGUCUCUUGGCGAAAGCAAAGAUACAUGACCAUUCAGUUGUUCAACAUCUCAAGUCUGUUUGUAAUCGCAUGGUCUCCGAGUAUUGUUGUUGGACUACUUCAGCAAGCAACUUCUACAAGUUUGUUUGUGGAUAUUCAACUGAACUAUGUGAUGGAGUUGAUCUACUUGGCUUGUCUUCUCGUACCGUGGGCGUGUGUGAGUCUGUUGCCAGAAUUUAGGAAGUGGAUAUGGAAGUAUUUCGAUCGCGUACGGAUUGGACACAGUACCAUUGUACCGUAUUAG